GGACUGCCACGGCUCGGCCCUGCGCGCCGUGCCCCGCAGCAUCCCCCGCGGCACCGAGCGCCUGGAGCUCAAUGGCAACAACAUAACACGAAUCAACAAGAAUGACUUUGCCGGGCUGAAGCAGCUCCGUGUCCUGCAGCUGAUGGAAAACCAGAUCAGCGUGGUGGAGCGUGGGGCGUUUGAUGACAUGAAGGAGCUUGAGCGGCUACGGCUGAACCGCAACCAGCUGCACACCCUGCCCGAGCUUCUCUUCCAGAACAACCAGGCGCUGUCGCGGCUGGACCUGAGUGAGAACUUCAUCCAGGCCAUCCCCAGGAAAGCAUUCCGUGGGGCCACCGACCUCAAGAACCUGCAACUGGACAAGAACCAGAUCAGCUGCAUCGAGGAUGGGGCUUUCCGUGCCCUGCGGGGGCUGGAGGUCCUGACCCUGAAUAACAACAAUAUCACUUCAAUUCCUGUCUCCAGCUUCAACCACAUGCCCAAGUUGCGGACGUUCCGCCUGCACUCCAACCAUCUCUUCUGUGACUGCCACCUGGCCUGGCUGUCACAGUGGCUGCGCCAGCGCCCCACCAUCGGGCUCUUCACCCAGUGUGCUGCUCCUGCCCAGCUUCGUGGCCUCAACGUGGCUGAGAUCCAAAAGAACGAGUUCAGCUGCUCUGGACAAACGGACUCAGCACAUGCCCAGCUCUGCAGCUUGUCCUCCGGCUCCUGCCCGGCCAUGUGCGCUUGCAGCAAUGGCAUUGUGGACUGUCGGGGCAAGGGGCUGACGGCCAUCCCCGCCAACCUGCCCGAGACCAUGACAGAGAUACGCCUGGAACUCAACGGCAUCAAGUCCAUCCCCCCAGGAGCCUUCUCACCCUACAAGAAGCUGCGGAGGAUAGACCUGAGCAACAACCAGAUCUCGGAGAUCGCCCCUGACGCCUUCCAGGGGCUGCGCUCACUGAACUCCCUGGUGCUGUAUGGCAACAAGAUCACGGACCUCCCUAAGGGUGUCUUUGGAGGACUUUUUGCCCUGCAGCUGCUGCUUCUCAAUGCCAACAAGAUCAACUGUGUUCGGGCUGAUGCCUUCCAGGAUCUGCAGAACCUCUCACUGCUCUCUCUGUAUGACAACAAGAUCCAGAGCCUGGCCAAAGGCACAUUCACCUCGCUGCGGGCCAUCCAGACUCUGCACCUGGCCCAGAACCCUUUCAUCUGUGACUGCAACCUGAAGUGGCUGGCAGAUUUCCUGCGUGCCAACCCCGUGGAGACCAGUGGAGCCCGCUGUGCCAGCCCCCGGCGCUUGGCCAACAAGCGCAUCGGCCAGAUCAAGAGCAAGAAGUUUCGCUGCUCGGCCAAGGAGCAGUAUUUCAUCCCAGGGACAGAGGAUUACCAGCUGAACAGUGAAUGCAACAGUGACGUGAUCUGCCCCCCAAAAUGCCGCUGUGAAUCUGGUGUGGUCGAGUGCUCCAACUUGAAACUCACCAAGAUUCCAGAUCGCAUCCCCCAGUCCACAGCUGAGCUGCGCCUGAACAACAAUGAGAUCUCCAUCCUGGAGGCCACUGGCAUUUUCAAGAAACUCCCACAUCUGAAGAAAAUCAACCUCAGCAACAACAAGGUGUCAGAGAUCGAGGAUGGGGCAUUUGAGGGGGCAUCCUCUGUCAGUGAGCUGCACCUCACUGUCAACCAGCUGGAGUCUGUGCGCAGCGGCAUGUUCAGGGGCCUGGAUGGGCUGAGGACACUGAUGCUGAGGAACAACCGCAUCAGCUGCAUCCACAAUGACAGCUUCACAGGGCUGCGCAACGUCCGCCUGCUCUCCCUGUACGACAACCAGAUCAGCACAAUUGCUCCGGGCGCCUUUGACACGCUGCAGUCCCUCUCCACACUGAACCUGCUCGCCAACCCCUUCAACUGCAACUGCCAGCUGGCCUGGCUGGGGGACUGGCUGCGCAAGAGGAAGAUCGUGACAGGGAACCCUCGGUGCCAAAACCCUGACUUCCUCCGGCAGAUCCCGCUCCAGGAUGUGGCUUUCCCUGACUUCAGGUGUGAGGAAGGUAAAGAGGAGACCACCUGCAUCCCCCGGCCACAGUGCCCGCAGGAGUGCACUUGCCUCGACACGGUUGUCCGCUGCAGCAACAAGCACCUCAAGGCCCUGCCCAAGGGGAUCCCCAAGAAUGUCACAGAGCUCUACCUGGAUGGAAACCAGUUCACUCAGGUCCCGGGGCAGCUCUCCACCUUCAAGUAUCUGCAGCUUGUCGAUCUGAGCAACAACAAGAUCAGCUCCCUGAGCAACUCCUCCUUCACCAACAUGAGCCAGCUCACCACCCUGAUCCUCAGCUACAACUCCCUGCAGUGCAUCCCUCCGCUGGCCUUCGAGGGCCUCCGCUCCCUGCGGCUGCUGUCUCUCCAUGGCAACGAUAUUUCCAGUCUCCCUGAGGGCAUCUUUGCAGAUGUCACCUCCCUGUCCCACCUAGCCAUCGGGGCCAACCCCCUGUACUGCAGCUGCAACCUGCGCUGGCUCUCCAGCUGGGUCAAGACGGGCUACAAGGAGCCAGGCAUUGCCCGCUGCGCUGGGCCCCCCGACAUGGAAGGGAAGCUGCUGCUCACCACCCCUGCCAAGAAAUUUGAGUGCCAAGGCCCACCUGCCCUGAGUGUCCAGGCCAAGUGCAACCCCUGCCUCUCCAGCCCCUGUCAGAACCAGGGCACCUGCCACAACAACCCCCUUGGCUCCUACCGCUGCGCCUGUCCCAGUGGCUACAAGGGCCGCGACUGCGAGGUGGCACUCGGUGGCUGCUCCUCCAACCCCUGUGCCAACGGGGGGACCUGCCAGCCUCAGGAGGGGGAAGGAGCUGGGUUCAGGUGCCUGUGCCCAGUGGGCUUCGAGGGCCCGAGCUGCCACACCACCAGCGACCCCUGCAAGGAGCACAGCUGUGAGAAUGGGGGCUCUUGUGUGCCCAGUGCCACCAACUACACCUGCCUUUGUCCUGCCCACUACACAGGGGAAUUCUGUGAGCAGCCACCCAAUUUCUGCUCAGAUGAGCUCAACCCCUGCCAACAUGACUCCACCUGCAUCUCCACCAGCCAGGGGCCCAGGUGUGAGUGUGCACCCGGCUAUGUGGGGAGCAACUGCAGUGAGGACUUCGACGACUGCCAGGACCACCGGUGCCAGAACAACGCCCAGUGCCUGGAUGAGGUGAAUGGCUACUCCUGCCUCUGCACCGAGGGCUACAGUGGCCAGCUCUGCGAGAUGCCGCCCCACACCGCUGGCCAGCCUGGCCUCUGUGAGCGAGCUGAAUGCCAGAACGGGGCCCCGUGUGUGGAGCGGGGUGCCCGUGCCCUGUGCCAGUGCCUGCCUGGCUUUGGUGGCCCCAAAUGUGAGAAGCUGCUGAGCGUCAACUUUGUGGACCGUGACACGUACCUGCAGUUCACUGACCUGCAAGACUGGCCCCGGGCCAAUAUCACCCUUCAGGUCUCCACGGCUGAAGGCAAUGGCAUCCUGCUGUACAAUGGUGACAGUGACCACAUGGCUGUGGAGCUGUACCAGGGCCAUGUGAGGGUCAGCUAUGACCCUGGCACCCACCCCAGCUCGGCCAUCUACAGUGCUGAGACCAUCAACGACGGGCAGUUCCACACCGUGGAGCUGGUGACCUUCGACCAGAUGGUGAACCUGUCCAUCGAUGGUGGCAGCCCCAUGACCAUGGACAACUCGGGCAAGCACUACACACUGAACAGUGAGGCUCCCCUCUAUGUAGGAGGAAUGCCUGUGGAUGUCAACUCGGCUGCCUUCCGCCUCUGGCAGCUCCUCAAUGGCACCAGCUUCCACGGAUGCAUCCGCAACCUCUACAUCAACAAUGAGCUGCAGGACUUCACCAAGACGCGGAUGACGCCAGGGGUGGUGCCAGGCUGCGAGCCCUGCCGCAAGCUCUACUGCUUGCAUGGCAUCUGCCAGCCCUCGGGCGCCCAGGGCCCCGUGUGCCACUGCGAGCCGGGCUGGGACGGGCCCCACUGCGACCAGCCCCACGGCGGGCCCUGCCAGGGGCACAAGUGUGUGCACGGGGUGUGCCUGCCCCUUGAUGCCCUCUCCUACAGCUGCCAGUGCCAUGAAGGCUACCAGGGUGCACUCUGCAACCAGCCUGCCGAGCCACCCGACCCCUGCCGCCACCAGCCCUGUGUCCAUGGCCACUGCCAUCUCACGCCAGGUGGCCAGCCCACCUGCGAGUGCCACGAUGGCUACACCGGAGCCCUCUGUGACCAAGAGCCGGAGUGCCGCGGGGAGCCGGUGCGGGACUACCACCAGGUGCAGCGGGGCUAUGCCAUCUGCCAGACGACACGGCCGGUGGCCUGGGUGGAAUGCCGGGGCACCUGCGGUGGCCCUGACGCCGGCUGCUGCACCGGGCUGCGGCUGCGGCGCAGGAAAUACGCCUUUGAAUGCAGCAACGGUGCGACCUUUGUGGAGGAGGUGGAGAAGCCCAGCAAGUGUGGCUGCAGCCAGUGCCUGUGAGCAGCCACCGGCUCUGCAGAGCCGGGGGGCUGGUGGGGAGACCUCCCCGAGCCAAGGACCUCACUUUACACUGCGGGCAUGGUGCUGCUCUCUGGGUGUUCUGAACUUCAGCUGCAUCUGAGGAGCCCAGCAGAGGGUAGAGCUGGUGCAUCUAGAAGAUUGGGAAGGAAACAGAAAAAAAAAUAGAAAGAAAAAAAAAAAGAAAAAAAAACCACAAACAAAGCAAAUGUGUAGAUAGAGAAUUUUUGUAAGAACUGCAGCUACACAGAUAUGUGGAUAUGGAGUGGGCACCCUGCCCAGCUGCCCUGACCUCUCCCUGUGGCACUCUGCCUCCCUGCCAGUGAAGCCCCACAGCCAUGGAGGGCAGUGUUUGCAUCCUGGAUGCUACUGGGCAGGAAAAUGACAGUGGCUUUGUUUGGCCCGUGGGGUUUGUGUGUGUCACUAUUGAAGACGCUGGUUUGUACUAGGCUGGCGAGGGAGGCGCUGGGCAUCCUUCCGCUGGCAGAGGCUGUAUUGUUUUAGGAGGUGUUUGGUAUUGUCUAUGUU